AGAGUGGGAGAGAAAAGGAGCAAAUGUGCGGCGGCGGAUAGGCAGGGAGGACAGCCAGUGCGCAAGCACAUCAGCAGCAGCGGUGGCAGAGCAUCUUCCUGAUCUCCCGUGUCUUCAGCUGCCAAUCGUCUGUGCGUCUCUGAUUGAGAUUUCACUGCCGGCUGAAGUGUCCAGAAGCCUCCUCCAACCAUCACCUCCCAACACACACUUUCUCUGGAGCUUGGUUAUUCUUAGCUCAGCUGUGAGAGACUGCCCUUCCGGUCCUUCUCUUAUUUAUCCCAGUUUCUUGAAUAUUUAAUGGAAAAUGGCGAUCUGCGCGCAGUCGUACGGUAUUUUCUGCCUCUUCACAAUCCAAACUGUACUUAUCAUAUGCGUCUCCACGCCGACAGACGGGACUCACCUCUUCCCACAGCACUACACAAUGAUUCACUGGGCGGGACGCAUCGAGAAGGAGCUGGAAAAGGUUCUGCAGCACGUCACCGGAACUCAGCAGAUGAGAUCGAUUUAUAAUGAGAAGAAGAGCCAGUUUGAAAUCAAGAGAAACAACCCCAAGGACUUGGUGGAGAGAGUGGCACGGGACAUCUCCAAGCUGCUCAACAGUAAGAGGAAAGCCCUAGAGAAACUGGCCAGGGAGGCGGAGCAGCUUCAGAAGGAGCAUGUAUGGCAAGAUGGUGUGACGGAGAAUGACAUUUCAUACUACGAUUCCAAAGCGGAUUCAGACUAUACGGAGGAUGGAGAAGAGGAGAACCCGCUGGAGACCUCGACAUCUUUGGAGCUGGAGUUUGUGGACGAUCCCAAUUUUAAAAACAAGGUUAACUACUCUUCCAGUGCGGUCCAGAUUCCUACAGACAUAUACAAAGGCUCCCCAGUCAUCCUAAAUGAGUUAAACUGGACCCAGGCGCUGGAGAGGGUCUUUAUUGAAAACCGUAAGGAGGACAGCUCUCUGCGCUGGCAGGUGUUUGGCAGUGCCACAGGAGUGACUCGAUACUACCCAGCCACUCCAUGGAGGGCACCCAACAAGAUUGACCUGUAUGACGUACGCAGAAGACCUUGGUAUAUCCAAGGUGCAUCGUCUCCAAAGGACAUGGUCAUCAUUGUGGAUGUGAGUGGAAGUGUCAGCGGACUCACUCUGAAACUGAUGAAAACCUCGGUAGUGGAGAUGCUGGACACUCUAUCAGACGACGACUAUGUGAAUGUGGCCAGGUUCAAUGAGAAAGCCGAUGCCGUUGUUCCGUGCUUCAGGACUUUGGUCCAAGCCAAUGUUCGGAACAAGAAGAUCUUCAAGGAAGCCGUCAUGCAUAUGCAAGCCAAAGGAACCACAGAUUACAAGUCUGGCUUCACAUUUGCCUUCGAACAGCUUCUCAAUGAGAGCAGUGCCCCGAGGGCCAACUGCAAUAAGAUGAUAAUGAUGUUUACAGAUGGCGGGGAGGAUCGUGCACAGGACAUCUUUGAAAAGUACAACUGGCCCAACAAAACAGUUCGUGUGUUCACCUUCUCUGUUGGCCAGCAUAAUUAUGAUGUCACACCUUUGCAGUGGAUAGCUUGUGCCAAUAAAGGUUACUACUUUGAAAUUCCAUCAAUUGGAGCCAUCAGAAUCAACACCCAGGAGUAUCUGGACGUCCUUGGUCGUCCCAUGGUGCUGGCUGGGAAUAAAGCAAAGCAGGUGCAGUGGACAAACGUGUACCAAGAUGCUCUGGGUUUGGGCCUUGUCAUCACUGGGACGGUGCCGGUCUUCAACUUCACUGUUGAUACUGUAAGCUCUCAGAAUCAACUCAUCCUUGGAGUCAUGGGAGUAGAUAUUGCGAUCAACGAAAUCAAAAGAAAGACUCCUACAUACAGACUUGGAGCCAACGGCUAUACCUACGCCAUUGACCCAAAUGGCUACGUACUGCUGCAUCCCAACCUGCGGCCCAAAAUCAUUAACUUCAGGGAGCCCGUCACUCUGGACUUUCUGGAUGCAGAGCUGGAGGACAGCAACAAAGAGGAGAUCCGUCGACAGAUGAUUGAUGGCAAAUCAGGGCAAAGGAAAAUCAAGACGCUCAUUAAGUCAGUUGAUGAGAGGUACAUCGACGAGGCCAUGCGGACGUAUACAUGGACGCCUGUGGAUGGUACAGAUUACAGUCUAGGGUUGGUACUGCCCACAUAUAGUGAGAACCACAUCAAGGCCAACCUGAGUGACCAGAUCCUUCAGGUGCAGUAUUUUGAAUCACUGCUGCCAAACAGUUUUGAGUCUGAAGGACAUGUAUUCAUUGCUCCCAGGGAGUACUGCAAUGAUCUAGAACUGUCCAACAACAACACUGAGUUCCUGCUAAACUUCAUUGCCCUCAUGGAGAAGGUGACACCGGACUCCAAACAAUGUGACAAUUUGCUUCUCCAUAACCUGAUUCUGGACACUGGCAUCAUCAGGCAGCUGGUCGAGAAAGUGUGGAAGAAUAAAGACUUGAAUACAUAUGGCUUUCUGGCCGUGUUUGCUGCAUCAGAUGGAGGUGUAACAAGAGUGUUUCCGAACAAAGCUGCAGAAACCUGGGAAGAAGACCCUGAGCCGUUUAAUGCCAGCUAUUACCGCCGCAGUCUUGACAACAAGGGCUACAUCUUCCGAGCGCCUUAUCGAACAGCCCGGGAUGAGCUGUUGAACCCAGAUAAUGACACCAUAGGGAUCCUGGUCAGCACGGCUGUGGAGAUCACAGUAGGAGGGAAGACCAUCAAACCUGCAGUGGUCGGAGUAAAACUAGACCUUGAAGCCUGGACGGAUAAGUUCAAGAUUCUUGCCAGCAACCAUACAGACAACCAUCAAGGCUCGAAUACAUGUGGACCAAACAGAGGCUGUGAAAUGGACUGCGAAGCCAACAGUGAGGAUCUCCUGUGUUAUUUAAUAGAUGAUGGUGGAUUCCUAAUCAUGUCUAAUCAGAAGGAUGACUGGAACAAGGUGGGCAUGUUCUUCAGUGACGUUGAUCCCUACUUGAUGUUCGCUCUCUACAACAAUUCCUUCUACAACCGCAAGCAGUCAUUUGACUACCAGUCUGUGUGUGAACGGAUGCCCAACAGUGAAGCCGGAGCUGCACCCAGAGGAGUGUUUGUGCCCACAAUUGCCGAUUUUGUAAACGUGGCUUGGUGGACAUCCGCAGCUGCAUGGUCCUUGUUCCAACAGUUUAUGUAUGGACUGGCUUAUCAUAGCUGGUUCGUCACAGAUGAGGUGGAUGCAGAAGGAAUGGACUCCAAAGAGCGGAGUUGUGUAAUGAUCCAGACCCAGUACUACUUAAGUAAUCUCAGCAGCUCCUACAACAUACUGCAAGACUGUGGCAACUGCUCCAGGCUGAUUCAUGCCAAGAAGAUAAACAACACCAACUUGCUGUUUGUGGUGGCAGAGAAGAUGCCAUGCAACACCUGCGAGAUAGAGAAGCUGUCCCAGGAGGAGGAGGAGUUCAAGGAGGAAAAUCCAUGUGAAGAACUGAAUGUGGCACGCUAUCGAAAAGGACCCUCCACCUGCUAUGACAACAACAUCUCUGAGAACACAUCAGACUGUGGACGGGGCCACUCCUUCCGUCCGUCCCUCUACACCUUACUGCUCAUUCAGCUGCUUCUGCUUUAUCCGGCCAUUAGCCCCCACUUUCACUCUCUACUACAUUAAUUACAUUUUCCCUCCACUUGUCCUCCUUUUAGCCCUCCCGAGCUUCUUUCCCAACCCAAAUGCCUCCGACCCCACCUCCAUGCCCCUAUGCCCUCCCCCCGAUAUAGUUAUAGGUAAUAAUGGGACUUCCCUUCACGGCAAGUUGGAAGUCCUGAGUGUCGCGCUACCCAGCUCGCUUCAGUUUGUGUCGCUUAGUGACAACUGCCGGACGUUCGUGUCCUCAGCCAGUUAGCCUUCAUCUGAAGGAGGAGUGGGUGGUGCUGAACCACCUGUAUCAUAAGAGGCAAUGUCAGAAAAGAGAAAACAACCCCUCCCCUCCCCCCCAUUGACUACCCCACCACCUCUACCAUCCAGAGAAAGGAGGGAAAGAGGACAGGCCGAUGUCCUUGUUACAGACCUCCCACCUCAUACAGACUGGAGAGUUGAAGUUGUCUGUCCGCCUUCACCUCUGUCCGUUAGACAGACGGUGGGACUUCUCCUUCUUCUUCUCUCCUCCAUCUCAGAGUCUCACCGCUCUGUCAUUCGCCUCUCAUAAGAGGCUGUGGGCCAUUCAGCCAGUUAUAGCCACCAUAAAAGAAAACAACAGGAAAAAAAA